CCUCAAAGUGCUCAUCUUCUCGGAAGCUCACCAAAGCCCGUCAUACCCACAAACUCAAAAGGGGGCAGAAAAUAUAAACCCUCCACUCAUUUUGUCUGUUUCUGUGGCGCCGUUGAUCAUUUAGUUUGCGCAUGGAAGCAAAAGUCAUAUCCGGUGGGACUCGGUUCACCAGGUUGCCAAGAAGCUACGUGAGGCCGGAAUCCGAGCGUCCCCGCCUCUCCGAAGUGUCUGCCUUCGAGCACGUCCCGAUCAUCGACUUAGGCUGCAACGACAGGUCCCGAGUCGUUCAUCAAAUCGGCGAUGCUUGCAGAUUUUACGGUUUCUUCCAGGUGAUUAACCAUGGAGUAUCGACGGAAGCGGUGGAGAGGAUGCAAGAGGUGGCAGCAGAGUUCUUCCGCCUGCCGGUGGAAGAGAAGAUGAAACUUUAUUCGGAGGAUCCUACGAAGACGAUGAGAUUGUCCACCAGUUUCAAUGUGAAGAAAGAGAAGGUUCACAACUGGAGAGACUAUCUCAGGCUCCAUUGUCACCCCCUUGAAAAGUAUAUGGAAGAAUGGCCCGCCAAUCCUCCUACGUUCAAGGAGUUCGUGAGCAACUACUGUCGCGAAGUGCGACGUCUCGGGUACAGGCUCGAAGAGCUGAUCUCGGAGAGCCUGGGGUUCGAGAAGGAUGCCGUAAGGAACAUCCUAGGAGAACAAGGACAACACAUGGCCGUCAAUUUCUACCCGCCAUGCCCAGAGCCAGAGCUCACUUACGGUCUCCCAGGCCACACUGACCCAAAUGCACUCACCAUUCUACUUCAGGAUCUACAUGUCGCAGGCCUUCAGGUCCUCAAAGAUGGCAAGUGGGUCGCCAUUGAUCCUCACCCAAAUGCCUUUGUCAUCAACAUCGGGGACCAAUUACAGGCAUUGAGUAAUGGGAGGUACAAGAGCGUGUGGCACCGGGCCAUAGUGAAUGCCGACAAGCCAAGAAUGUCGAUCGCAUCGUUUCUUAGCCCGAGCAGCCACGCGUUGAUUAGCUCACCCGUAUCGCUCCUAGACAACGGUCGUGGGCCCAUUUAUCGGGAAUUCACAUAUGCGGAGUACUACAAGAAGUUCUGCAGCAGAAACUUGGAUCAAGAACACUGUCUUGAGCUCUUCAAGAACCGCAAGCGUAAAUGGCUUGAAUCCAUUUGUAAUUUUUAGCUUUAAAAAAAAAAAUCCAUUUGUAGUUGAAUCUAAACCUAUCUCGUUAA